UAUAUUCUUGAUCUGUUCAGAUGCGCCCAGUUUCAGUGAACUCAACAACCAAAACAUUUGACCUUCGCGAAAUCAACUCAUUUUAAGCCAAUCAAAUCCUGACCCAUCCUUAAGACAACUUUAGGAGCGAAUAUGCAGAGGCUCUUCUCGUCAAGCUCAAGGUUGGCUUCAAUUUUCAGCAGACGCAAUCAAUUUGCUCCUUUUUCCACUGCCUUACUCUUCGACGAUACUCAAAUACAGUUUAAAGAAAGUGUGUUUCAAUUUGUACAAGAAAAGAUCGCACCACAUGCGUCAAAAAUAGACCAAACAAAUUCUUUUCCGAAGGAUGUUAACUUAUGGAAACUCAUGGGAGAGUUUAAUCUUCAUGGAAUUACAGCACCUGAGGAAUAUGGAGGACUUGGUCUUGGUUACUUGUACCACUGUAUUGCUUUGGAAGAAGUUAGUCGUGCUUCAGGGUCCGUUGGCCUUUCCUAUGGUGCCCAUUCUAACCUUUGCAUUAAUCAGCUGGUGAGAAAUGGAAACGCCGCUCAGAAACAGAAGUAUUUGCCAAAGCUUAUCAGCGGGGAGCAUGUAGGGGCUCUUGCAAUGAGUGAACCCAAUGCUGGUUCUGAUGUUGUUAGCAUGAAGUGCAAGGCUGACCGUGUAGAUGGGGGUUAUAUUCUAAAUGGGAACAAGUUCUGGUGCACCAAUGGACCAAUUGCUCAAACACUGAUUGUUUAUGCAAAAACAGACAUAAAAGCAGCCUCAAAGGGAAUCACAGCAUUCAUUAUUGAGAAGGGAAUGCCAGGAUUUAGUACUGCUCAGAAAUUAGAUAAACUCGGCAUGCGGGGCAGUGAUACAUGUGAGCUUGUGUUUGAGAAUUGCUUUGUACCGGAUGAAAAUAUUCUUGGGCAGGAAGGAAAAGGAGUCUACGUUAUGAUGUCAGGGUUAGAUCUGGAGAGGCUUGUUUUAGCAGCUGGGCCCCUGGGAAUCAUGCAGGCAUGUCUUGAUGUUGUCAUUCCUUAUGUUCGACAGAGAGAGCAGUUUGGCCGCCCAAUUGGGGAAUUUCAGUUCAUACAGGGAAAAAUUGCUGACAUGUAUACAUCUUUACAAUCUUCAAGGUCCUAUGUGUAUUCUGUGGCUAGAGACUGUGACAAUGGAAAAGUGAACUCUAAGUUGUAUUCAUUUUCACUUCAGGAUUGUGCUGGAGUAAUUCUAUGUGCGGCUGAGAGAGCCACGCAAGUUGCCUUGCAGGCUAUACAAUGUCUAGGUGGUAAUGGCUAUGUAAAUGAGUACGUAACUGGCCGUCUUCUUCGCGAUGCGAAACUUUAUGAAAUCGGGGCAGGGACUAGUGAAAUUAGAAGGAUAAUAAUUGGUCGUGAGCUCUUCAAGGAGCAGUGAGAGGCAAGCUGUAUUUAUUGGGUGAGUGGAGUGAAAACCUUGCAGGGUUACACCACAGCUUCUAGGCUAUUUGCAUCUGUUGUGGUCAGUGAUUCACCUUGCUUGUCUAAUAGAAUGUUAACACAGCAAAAACAGUGCUUCUGAUUUGUAUGAUGGACCAGAAAACAUAAACUGGUCCAUCCAUUUCAAAGAAAAAUGCCCUUGAAAGAAAAUAGAAUGUGGGUUUUAGUUGAA